GGGAGAGCGCAGCACUUUUUACAGAGAGAGGGAGGCUGCAGUCCACUUCUCCGUCCCGGACUGUCCGCUUCCAGCAUCCAUGUGCCAAACGGACCUGACGAUCGAGCGCGCAGCGGGGAAGAAAAAGAAAAGAAAGCCUCACUUCGGUGACUUGUCAGCGGGAAGCCUGAUACGUUUUGAACCCUAGAUAUAUAUAUUUUUUUUUUAAAUUAGAUCUCAGGACAGCUCUUGUGGCUUGGACCUCCUGACAGUCCGGUGGAUUCGCGCUCCUCUCAGGAUCCUCUCAUCCGGACCGGGCUGCAGUUUUCCAUUCAUCCGCGGACUCCCGUCGUUCCGGCGGAGCAUGCGUCGCCUCGCUGUCUCCUGUCUGCCGGCGCGUCUUUGUCAUUUUAAUGUCGCCGCGAUCAGCGCGCGUCUGGCUGACUGUCGCUUUGCAUUUCAGCACAAAGUGACGGUGUGAGGAGCUUUCCGUCCUGGCUGCACCGACGAGGAAAAGCUGAUUGUGGAACUGCUUCGUUUCAUCCAAUUUUCCCCCUUUGGAAUAUUUUUUUUUUCUUUUUUAAUCUAUUUAUUAUUCCUUGUUUUCCCAUCCACCUCCUUUGAUACGUCCCCCCACCUGGAGCCAGCCCGAGGAUGUUGCUCCGCUGCUUGAACCCUCCCUCCUGGUCCACCUGUAGGCUUUUCCUCUGCGCUCUGCUGCUGCUCCAAACGCCCCGCUCUUCCUCUCCGCUAAUUACAGGUACCGAGGCCAGCUGUGAGAACGAAGGAGAGGUGCUGCACAUCCCCAACAUCACCGACAACCCCUGCAUCACCUGCGUCUGCCUGGACGGGAAAGCCGACUGUAAGCAGGAGAAAUGUCCUCAGGUGUCUGAAGACUGCGCCCUGGUGGUGAAGCAGACCGGAGCCUGCUGCGAGAGGUGCAAAGGCUGCUCGCUGGACGGCCGCUCCUAUAACAGCUCAGUGUCCUGGACCAGCUCCACCAAGCCCUGCAUCACCAGGCGCUGUCAGGAAGGUGUGAUCACCGAGGCUGAGGUCCAGUGUGUCGUCCACUGCAAGAACCCCAAAAUCCACCCCAAGAAGUGCUGCCCCACCUGCCCCGGCUGCAUCUUCGAGGGCCGCCUGUAUAAAGAGAGGGAGGAGUUCAGCCCGGAGGGGAAGCCCUGCAUCAGGUGUACCUGCACCGGAGCGAGGACUCUGUGUGUGAGGGAGGUGUGUCCCGUCCUGUCCUGCCCGUCCCACCUCACACACACUCCGCCCGGACACUGCUGCCCCAGAUGUCUCGGGCAGAGGAAGGUGUUCGACCUGUCGUUGGGAAGCUGUUUGUUCCACAGCGAGGUCUACGAGAACGGAACCUCGUUCGUCCACGACAACUGCACCACCUGCACCUGCAAGGACUCGACGGUGGUCUGCAAGAGAAGAUGCUCCCGAGGAGGAAGCUGCUCCGGCGGCCAGUGCUGCCCGGACUGCCUGUCCUACGUCAAGGUGGAGGAGGUGAAGUACUGCAGAGUCCGCAACAAGAUCUACAGGGAAGGAGACAUGUGGUCGUCGGUGAACUGCUCUCUCUGCGCCUGCGUCAAAGGAAUCAUCGAGUGUCGACCCAAACAGUGUGUGCCGAUCAGCAGCUGCCCCUCGAAUAAGAUCCUGAACCGAACCGGCUGCUGUCCUGUUUGCACUGAAAAGCCGGGCGUCUGCACCGUCUUCGGAGACCCCCACUACAACACCUUUGACGGGAGGACCUUCAACUUCCAGGGGACCUGCCAGUACGUGCUGACCCGGGACUGUGGCGGCGCCCCCUCUGGAGGCCCCGGGAAUAACAUCAACGGCCCCGACUCCAGCUUCACGGUCUUGGUGAAGAACGACGCCCGGCGGACUCGGUCCUUCUCCUGGACGCAGUCGGUGGAGGUGCGUCUGGGCGGCCUGACCCUCGGCCUGCACCAGCACCUGACGGUGCGCCGCAACGGCAGCCGCAUCGCGCUGCCCUACCACGGCCCCGGCGUGCACAUCGACCUGGACGGGUACCUGCUGAAGCUCACCACCAUCGCAGGUCUGGAGAUCACCUGGGACGGCGACAGCUUCGUGGAGGUGGUGGCCGCCCCCCACCUGCGCGGACGCCUCUGCGGCCUCUGCGGAAACUACAACGGCCACAAGCGCGACGACACCAUGGGCGGCGACGGCCAGUUCAAGUUCGACGUGGACGAGUUCGCCGAGUCGUGGCGGGUGGAGGGGAACGAGGUGUGCUCCCAGCAGCACCCGGCCCGCCGGCCCACGUCCUUCCUGUGCCCCGGCAGCGUCAAGGUCAAGUUCAGGGCCCACCGCGAGUGUCAGAAGAUCAAGUCCUGGGAAUUCCAGAAGUGCCACCGCGUGGUCGACUUCGCUCCGUUCUACAGGUCGUGUGUGACCGACAUGUGCGAGUGUCCGGUUCAUAAGAACUGCUUCUGCGAGUCGUUCAUCGCCUACAGCCGAGCCUGCGAGAGGGAAGGAGUGCCGGCGCUGUGGAGGCCGGACGCCGUCUGCAUGGCCACGCAGUGUAAACACGACGCCGUCUACGACACCUGCGGCCCCGGCUGCACCAAGACCUGCGACAACUGGAACGAGAUCGGGCCGUGCCACAAGCCGUGCGUGGCGGGCUGCCACUGCCCCGCCAACCUGGUGCUGUUCCAGGGCCGCUGCAUCAAGCCCACCGCCUGCCCCGGCCGGUGACCCUCGUGACCCGGGCGCCGGUCCGGUCCGGUCCGGUCCGGUCCGGGAGGGUCGGCUCCGGCGGAUCGACCGGGCGCAGCCGAGCACUCAGGGUCCAGACCGCAGCGGCGGAGACGGCGGGAUUCAGACCGGCGUCGGAGAGACUGAAGGGAAUCGGCGACCUCUGACCUCCUCCUGCCUCCUCCGCCACAGGGGGGCGCUACCGUUCUGCCUCAGAGAGGAAAAACUGAAAUCCUCUGGGAAUCUCAGGGGCCCCGAUUUGAAGGUUUGACUGGUGACUCGGUGCGAGGAUCCUUCACGGACCAGGGGACUCGGGUCGGCGCCAACAUGGCGUCUGAGUCUCUUCUUCAGACUCUGCAGAGACAAACUGGACGUCUGCGUUCGGAACAAUGAGCCUGGAAGAGGAGAAACUCUCUGAAGCGUCUCUCAAACCCCCCGCUGAUCUUUAUCUCAUACUGUAAGCUACCAGAUGGACACGAAAGACACAGCUUUCAUUUUAUUAUUAUUAAUUAAUUAUUAUUAUUUGUCGUUGAAGUUGUUAAUUUAUAUAUCAGUCAGUUGUCACGUUGUAGCAAGAGCCAGAAUCCUGAAUAUAAAUACGUUACAGAUGAUUUAAAGGGAAAGAAAAAGCUAUUUAUGUGUUUGUGUUUGAAGAGAAAUGAUGAACUGUGACUCGCUGCUGCUCCAUCGCAGGGAAAACGUACUGUAUGCUGUUGUGCUUCGUAGCAAACGCUCACGUGUUUCUGUAAACACGCCUCUCACUUGACAAGAACUAUUUAAGACCAGCAAUAUAAUCUCUCCUCCAAGUCCACUUCCUGGCUGCCGUCUCUUCUCUGCGGCGCGUUGAAGACGGCUUCAGCGCUUCGCUUCAUUUUCUCUCUGCAGACAAAUCGAAACGCUCAAACUGAAGAGAAACAGCCUCAACCGGUUCCUGCUGUAAUCACAGCACGGUGUAGUGGUUGGCACUCGCACCGCAAGGCUGCAAGGUCCCCCGGUUUGAGUCCAGUCUGUGGGGCUUCGUGUUCUUACUUGUAGGUUCAUGGAUUUUCUUCCAGAAACAGAAUUACAUGUAGGUGUGUGUGUGUGUGUGUGUUUCCUGAGAUCACUCUGCAUCCCCUGAACGAUGGAAGGACGGAAAUCAACAGAACUAAAGAGGUAAAUAUUGAGACGAUGAGAUUUUUAACAUAUUUUGUUUUCAACUCUGCCUUACAAAUGUGUGUGUGCUUGUUGUAAUCAAAGGUCCAGGAAAUCACACAAACCUCCCAUGAAAUUGAUCUAAAAAGAUGAAAAGAGAAGAUCAGAAACUCUCUGCUGCUUUUACACGUCUUUAAUACACCUCAGGUUCGUACAGAGAUUCUUCACUGAAACGAAAUAAAACACUGAGAACUGAAGCACCAAAUUCAACAUGAAACAGCAGAAGCUUCACAGAAGAGCCGAGAAAUCCUGUCCAAUCACCAAAACUCCAGAGGCAAUGAGUUGAUGGACACGAGUGAAACAAUAACCUCUGACCCACGCAGCUGCGGCUCGUCUGGAUGAAAUGAAUCGCAGGAUUCCAGACUCAUGUAAACCCUGAUUUCAGUGAAAAACGCUGCUAAUGAACUGAUGUGAUGAAUGAAUACUGAACUCUGGAUGUUUGGUUUUGCCUCCAGAAUAUGCACACGUCUUUGAUCUUGUGAUAAAAUGUGUUUUCACAGGUUUACUUGUUUUUUUUCUUGGCACCAGCUCGGGAGGCUUCAGUCGACCUGUUGCUGUUGUUGUUGUUUUAGUUUUAGUGCAGUCCGUCAAAAAGCAAACAGUCCGAAAAUCAGGUCUCAGUCUGCCGACAAACCGACUCAGACCGCGGUCCGCCUGAAGUGUGGAACCCGCCGCGGCUCCAGACGCCUCGACGCUGGAUGAACGUGCAGACUGGAGGAGUUCCUGCUGCCGUUUUUAGGGCUCGGCGUGUUUUACAAGCUGCUUCUGAGUUCUGAGCCGGAAUAACCUGACAUGCGUUUAGAGCGGCGUGCUGCAGAACG